AUGUCGAAUCAGCACCAGCCGGUUUUCCCGAUCCAACAACAGCCCAAUCUGAACUCUGCCUCUUUCCCACCAUUGUUCGUGAAGCCUUUUAACAGUGCUCUUCAAAUGAGAAGGAAUGUAAUAACAGACGAUUACCGUGUAUCGAGUCAGGUGCUCGGGAUGGGGAUCAAUGGCAGAGUGCUGGAAAUAUUCCACAAAGAGAAUGGAGAAAAGUAUGCACUAAAGAUGCUGCAGGAUUGUCCAGAGGCCAGACGAGAGGUGGAGCUGCACUGGAGGGUGUCACCUUGCUCCCACAUUGUGCCCAUCAUAGAUGUUUAUGAGAAUGUCUACCAGGGCAAGAAGUGCCUCCUCAUUGUAAUGGAGUGUAUGGAUGGGGGUGAAUUAUUCAGUCAUAUCCAAGACAGAGGGAAUCAUGCAUUUACAGAAAGAGAAGCCUCAGAUAUCAUGAAAAGUAUAGGAGAAGCCAUACUUUUCUUGCAUUCCAACAAUAUUGCUCACAGAGACAUCAAGCAAUGUUUUCCAGCUCCUCCUGGGGGAUCCCAAGGUGUUUCUAUGCCGAAUGAGAUAUACAAUCUCUCCAGCGUGUUUUGGAUGUGCCAAUUGGGCUGCUCAGCCUCCCAGGGAAAGCCUAUGCCAGGGUUCUGGAAAGGAGCCUCCAAUCGAUUGUCGAACCUUGGAUUCAGGAGGGGUGAUGCAGAUACCUCCCUGGCCGUGCAACAGUGGACCAACCCUCUACCAUGGCAAGGCUACUCGAGGGGUCAUCCAGAAAAUCUGCUGUACACCUCCAAAAGACCAGAUGCCCUCCUUAAGCUGACUGAUUUUGGGUUUGCCAAAGAAAUCACCACAUUAAACUCAUUGGCAACGCCAUGCUUUACCCCCUACUAUGUCGCUCCAGAGGUUCUUGGUCCAGAGAAGUAUGACAGAUCCUGUGACAUGUGGUCUCUGGGUGUCAUUAUGUAUAUUCUACUUUGUGGAUAUCCUCCUUUUUUCUCACAUCAUGGUCUCGCGAUAUCCCCAGGGAUGAAAAGACGGAUACGUAACGGACAGUAUGAGUUCCCCAACCCAGAGUGGGCCGAUGUGUCUGAGGAAGCCAAACAACUGAUCCGCCACUUACUGAAAACUGAGCCGACCCAGAGGAUUAGCGUCACAGAGUUCAUUAACCAUCCAUGGAUUAAUCGGUCUGUGGAGGUGCCACAAACGCCUCUUCACACCAGCCAUGUGCUGCAUGAGGAACAAGACGUCUGGGAGAAAGUUAAAGAGGAAAUGACAAAUGCCCUGCAAACGAUGAGAGUGGAUUAUGAUCAAAUUAAAAUCAAAACUAUUGAAGACUCAACUAAUCCUCUCCUCUUGAAGAGAAGAAAGAAAACUAAAAACUCAGCCACACAACCUCCAGGCUAGCGAUAUAAAGACUUUUAUAAGACUUUUAAAAGGUAUUUUGUUUCACACAGACACACCAGCACACAUGCAUAACAUUUUUGAGAAAAAAAUCUUUCAAGAGGAACUUUAGGAAAACAGGAAAUGCUUUCAAUGCUUUUGUGAUAUUUUGUAGCUGUUUUUAUUUCCAUCUGUUAACCUCACAUGAUUUUAUUCUCAAAAUUUGAAAAAAGGAAAUGCAUCUUGGCAUUUUGUAAAUGUGAAUUAAGGACUCUUUCAAUGCAUGCAUGCUGUAUGUACACUGAGGCUUAUUCCUACGUCCUAUGACUAGUAUAUAUGUGCUGCUUAUUACGGCAGUUCUUAAUAUUUCGAUAUACAUGCUUAAUACGACAUUUGAGUAAGCUUUGUUGGCAACUCAUAGAUUAUUUCUAGGCUGUCUUUUGAACUCUAGUCUGCUAGUGCUGAAAACCAUUUAAACUGAAUUUUUGCCUUGAAGGUGUCAGGGGUGAGAAAGUUUGCCAGUGUCAUUUAUAUUUGUCUAUGAAAUGACUCAUCACCAGAAACCACAACUUUUGUUUUGUAAGCUAAAGUAAUGUCAGAAGCGUUUCUCCUUGCCAGAAAAAAAGGACUUUGCUUUUGUGCAUUGUGUAUUGUGGCAGCGCAGUAUCUAAAACUUACUUACCAUGUGUACCAAUAAUCACGUUUGCUAUGCCUAUGAGACAGUUGACCUAAUUGGCUUCUUCAUGCUUGUGUAGCAUUCAUUUUCCCCAGAGCAGUAAUAUAAAAGUAGUGCAUGAAGGCUGUUAUGUGAACGCCAUGGAAAGAAAAGCGGAUGGCUGUAAACCUUUAGAUCAAGGGACUAGUGACGAGAAGUGCAGUGGAAAAUGUUGCACAGCACUGUUGUCCUGUCUGUCUUUUACUCUGGAUUAAAUGUCUUGAUAUUC